CCCCCGGCCGCUGGCUCGCUCGGCUCGCAACGCUGCAGAGGCUCCGAGGCGGCAGCGGCGGCGACUCCUUCUUUCCUUCCCUGCUCCUCUGGCCGUCCGUCCGUCUGUGCGUCUGUCCGUUCGGUCUCGGUCCGGCCAGCAGCAUGGCUGGCGUCAGCUUCAGCGGCCACCGCCUGGAGCUGCUGGCGGCGUACGAGGAGGUGAUUCGGGAGGAGAGCGCGGCCGACUGGGCUCUGUACACAUAUGAGGAUGGCUCAGAUGACCUCAAGCUUGCAGCAUCAGGAGAUGGGGGUUUGCAGGAGCUCUCCGGCCACUUUGAGAACCAGAAGGUGAUGUACGGCUUCUGCAGCGUCAAGGACUCCCAGGCUGCUCUGCCAAAAUAUGUGCUCAUCAACUGGGUUGGUGAAGAUGUGCCUGAUGCCCGCAAAUGCGCUUGUGCCAGCCACGUGGCUAAGGUGGCUGAAUUCUUCCAGGGUGUUGACGUGAUUGUGAACGCCAGCAGCGUGGAAGACAUAGAUGCGGGUGCCAUCGGGCAGCGACUCUCCAAUGGGCUAGCGCGGCUCUCCAGCCCCGUGCUGCACCGACUGCGGCUACGUGAGGAUGAGAACGCCGAGCCGGUGGGCACCACCUAUCAGAAAACUGAUGCAGCUGUGGAAAUGAAGCGGAUUAACCGCGAGCAGUUCUGGGAGCAAGCCAAGAAGGAGGAAGAGCUGAGGAAGGAGGAAGAGCGGAAGAAGGCUCUGGAUGAGAGACUCCGGUUUGAGCAAGAGCGGAUGGAGCAGGAACGGCAGGAGCAGGAGGAGCGGGAACGGCGCUACCGAGAGCGGGAACAGCAGAUAGAGGAGCACAGGAGGAAACAGCAGACGUUAGAAGCUGAGGAGGCCAAGCGGAGGUUGAAAGAGCAGUCUAUCUUUGGUGACCAGCGGGAUGAAGAAGAGACCCAGAUGAAGAAGUCAGAAUCGGAGGUAGAGGAGGCAGCAGCCAUUAUUGCCCAGCGGCCUGACAACCCACGGGAGUUCUUCAAGCAGCAGGAACGAGUUGCGUCGGCCUCUGCGGGCAGCUGUGAUGCACCCUCACCCUUCAACCACCGACCAGGUCGUCCGUACUGCCCUUUCAUAAAGGCAUCGGACAGUGGGCCUUCCUCCUCCUCCUCUUCCUCCUCCUCCCCUCCACGGACUCCCUUUCCCUAUAUCACCUGUCACCGCACCCCAAACCUCUCUUCCUCCCUCCCAUGCAGCCACCUGGACAGCCACCGGAGGAUGGCACCCACCCCCAUCCCCACCCGGAGCCCAUCUGACUCCAGCACGGCUUCUACCCCUGUCGCUGAACAGAUUGAGCGGGCUCUGGAUGAGGUCACGUCCUCGCAGCCUCCACCACUGCCUCCGCCACCCCCUCAAGAGACCCAGGAGCCCGAGCCUGGCCUGGAUAGUGAAGAGACCAGCAAAGAGGCCAGAGCAACAGCCCCUCAGGCCUGGGCAGGCCCCAUGGAGGAGCCCCCACAGGCACCAGAACCUCCCCAGGGGCAAGGCAGCCCCACGGAGGACUUGAUGUUCAUGGCAUCUCCAGAGCAGGCUGUCCUGGCUGCCCCUCUGGAGCCUGCCAUGGCCAACACCACCACAGCUGACAUCCCGGUAGCUGAUGCCAUUGAAACCGACACUGCCACUGCCGAUACCGCUGUUGCCAACACCAUUUCCCCUGCCGCUGCCAGCCUCAUUGACCUAUGGCCUGGCAACGGGGAAGAGGCCUCCACAUCCCAGGCUGAGCCUAGGGUCCCUACACCACCUUCAGGUGCCGAGGUCACUCUGGCAGAGGUACCCCUGCUAGAUGAGGUGGUUGAGGAGCCACUGCCACUGGCAGGCAAAGGCUGUGCCAACCUUCUCAAUUUUGAUGAGCUGCCUGAGCCGCCAGCUACCUUCUGUGACCCAGAAGAGGAAAUAGAAGGGGAGCCUCUGGCCACCUCCCAGGUCCCAACUCUGCCCUCUGCUCUAGAGGAGCUGGAUCAGGAGCCAGAGCUGGAGCCAGAGCCAGAGCCCCACCUGCUGACCAAUGGCGAGACCACCCAGAAGGAGGGGACCCAGGCCAGUGAGGGGUACUUCAGCCAAUCACAGGAGGAGGAGUUCGCCCAAUCCGAAGAGCUGUGCGCAAAGGCCCCGCCUCCUGUGUUCUACAACAAACCUCCAGAAAUCGACAUCACCUGCUGGGACGCAGACCCAGUACCAGAAGAGGAGGAGGGCUUCGAGGGCGGUGAUUAGCGGUGGCGCCCGCCCUCAGGCUGCCCUCGCCAAGGCCGCCCACCUGUGCCGGCCUCUGGCCAGACGGCCCGCCGUGCCUGCACUCGCAGCAGCUCCGCCUGGCACCCACUCCGGAUUCCGGCCCUGGCCCGGGACUUGGCCGCUUCCCCACCCACAGGGCCUGACUUUUACAGCUUUUCUCUUUUUUUUAAAGUUGAUAGGAGACUUGUACAGUUGACUGGUUUUCCUCCCGUUGGUAGUUGAGACGCUGUUGCAAAUUCUACCCCCUCCCCGCCCGGACCAGAUUGUAGCUCUUAGUCCUCCCUGCUCACUCAGCUGGACGGGGUGGAGGCCUCGCCCUUCGUGGGAGCCUGGCGUCGGGGGAGCUCUGGUGGGAAAAUGCCCCACCUCUUUUCCUAGUUUUAUGUUUCUUGGAAAAAUAUCACUUUGUAUUCUCUGUCCAGGGCUUCAGAUAUUUUGCACGAAUUUUAAAACAUGGCAAUAAAUGGCUCGUGGGCUCUGGCUCCCUGGGACCCCCUCCCCGCCCUUCUCUUGACCCCUCCCCGCCUGGCCCAAAGGAAGUAGGCCCAGCUGGGGCCCCUCGGCUUCCAGGCCCUUUCCUGCCCCCCUCCUGCUGGGCAGGUCCCAAGCUGGAGGCCCUAGGCGCGGAUCAGGUUAGGGCUAUCGGUGGGGCCCGGGGCUUAAAUGGCCCCUCCCUAACUCCUCCCUCUUUGCUUGGGUUCCUUUUUCACGUUCAGUAACUGUUUUUGGAAAGCACAAACUUCUGUAACGGGUCGUGCUCAUGUCUGUUAAUAAAGAAAUCCAGAUCCCUUCA